UUUCUUGUUUUUCUAACGAAUGAACAGUAGUGUGCAAAAUAUCGUUUCAACUUUUAGAUUAUUCCCUUCACUAUCUUUACUAAAUCUAAACUUGCAUAUAUUAUUUUUGAAGCAGCAUGUAUCAGUAAGGCGACUGUAACAGCACUUCGACCUCGGAUUAUCGGAAUAAUAUCAUAUCAUAAUGAAAUGGUUCGUUAUUUUCCCAAAUAAUAUGGACAAUACAUACCGACGCCACAUUUAAUUCAGCCUAGCAGGAACCAUUUUAAUAAUAUAAUAAUUUAAUAACAACUACUAUCUGAAUAAAUAACAAGUCAUUUAAUAGAUGAUACUGCAGCAUAUAUCUAUUGCAUUGAAUUAAUUAAUGGUCAAUAAUGAUAACACUGUUAUUGCGCCAUUCAAAGUUAAGGACUUUUGAGGAGAAUUCUCAAUUGUUUCUGAUAAGAUCACAAGAUUUCCCUAAAGCAUUUAAUAAGAUUUAAGAAUAAUUACCUUCUUCAGGAGGAAAAACUAAUGCUUUAUUAACAAAUUAUGUUUGAUGCCAUAUGGAAUUUAGCAGAUAAUUUACAGGCAAUAUAGAUACAAUAUACAUCCAACGUACUCUUUGAUACAACAAUUUAAUCUUAAAAGGUUCGACAUUUCUAAAUAAUGUUACUUUUUGGGGAACAAGUUUUGAGAAAAAAUUAAAUUUAAGGGUAAUCGAUAAAGUAUGAAAAGUACCAAUAACAUUCUGUGACUUAACUUCCUGACCAUCUGGCCCGGGAUUCUCAAAUCAAAAAGUCCAGAUGUGGCAGGAUUAUUCAAAUAAACAACGAAGAUAAAAUAGAUAUAAAUAAAUAAAUAAUUUUAAUCUUUCCUCUUUUAUAGCCAGAUAAAUCGUUUUUUCAAAAGUUCUUGUUUUAGGUACUUUUUAUUGAAUAAGAAACAAGGUACAGAAAUAGAGUGACAAUAGACGAAGGAAAAACAAAACAUGUAUGGGCUUUUUUCACACUCGUGGUUCCAGCACUGAAUCAACUGACCAUUCACACCAAAAUAAUUUAGAAGACAUAUGCAAAAGAAAAUUAAACCCCGAUAAAAAUAUGCCUGGGAAAGAAUAUACGCAGAAUUUUAAAUCAGAAGAAAAUGAAUGUAACAAACAUACAGAAAAUAACCACUUAACAACAUCAGCAGUGAGUACACCUCGGAGAAGUACGGAAACAGGAAAGCGAACUGCUCCCAUCGCAAAAAAGUUAAAGGAGAAAAUAUGCAAUACUUUAAAAAGUAUAUGUGGAGUUGGUCCAGUUCAAAGCAGAGUUGAUACUGACUACAUAAAAGAUCAUGCAGGAACGAGGAAGAUUAGCAGAACUUUGCAACUUUUGUUGAAAAUAAAAAAUUUAACCAAGUUAUCCACAAUACCCUUCAAGAUAGGUGGUGGUGAUUGUCAAUCAACUUGCAGGUUAGAAUUAGAUGUUUCCUUUCUUAAUAUCAAAAGAAGAAAAAAAUACAAUUUCAUUGCAUCGUCGCAUUCCAUUCAAUUGCCGAGAAACAUUUUUAAUUAUACCGACGGUAAAGUGCAAUCCAUACAAGUUGUAUCUAUGCUUUUCCAGACUAUUCCUGAAAUGGUUCGAAAUUAUUCUAAGAGGAAUAUUACGUUGUACGACAAUUUUAUUUCUACCACACUAAACUCACCAUUAUUAAAACCACUAAGUGAGAAAGACAUGAUCAAAAUUGUAUGCAAAAAGCCAAAGAAUAUAAUAUGGAAGAACUUGAAACACGAAUGUGUGUAUUGGAAAGGUUCAUAUUCAACUGGUGAAUGGUCGACAGAAGGCUGCAAUGUUGACAGUGGCUCCAAUAAGACACAUACUGUUUGCGUUUGCAAUCAUUUGACCGAUUUUUCAGUAUUGAUGAGAGUAACUGAUAUUCCACACGAUAUAGUUUUGCAUUGGAUAUCAUUUAUUGGUUGUGGCAUUUCCAUUUUCUUUCUUCUUCUUACUUGUGCUAUUAUCCUUCGAAUUAGAAAGCUGAGAGUACAGGAACGAUAUAAAAUCCAUCUUAAUCUAUCAAUAGCUUUAAUUAUUGGAAACUUGACAUUGUUAACAACUGAUGUUGCAAGAGAGAAUAAGCGUGUUUGUUUUGGAGUUUCAAUAUUACUCCAUUACUUCUAUCUCUCUGCAUUCUGUUGGAUGUUAUGCGAAGCUAUCUUUAUAUGGAGAGGAUUGAUAUUGGUGUUCGACGAAACUGAAAAAUUUCGAGCUUAUCUGUUAUUUGCCUGGGGUGCUCCUGCCGCAAUAGCUUGCAUAACAACUGCUUUGUUGAGGUACAAGAUGACAAGUUAUACAACUUGUUGGUUAUCACUGCAAGAAAAUGCUGUUUGGGCUUUUCUAACACCAGCUCUUUUAAUGAUGCUAAUAAAUAUUAUAAUUCUACUGAGAUCACUUUUAAUCAUGCGAAAGCAAGUAAAAAAAUCUAGAGUCAACAGCUUCAGAGCAACCAUUAAAUUCGUAUUGUUUCUUGUGCCGCUUUUUGGAGCUACAUGGAUAUUUGGAGUGUUUUCGCUAAGCAGGAAAACGGCUGUAUUUCAAUACGUUUUUGUAACUUUGAACUCUCUUCAGGGUUUCUUUAUCUUUACUUUCUACAUAUGCUGUAGCAAGCAGGUUCGUAUAGCCUUGUUAAAACAAUAUUUCCCGGUAAAAAGUGAAAGAAAAUUAACUUCCACAAGUAUUACUUCCAAAAAACGGUUGAAAUCAAACAAUAUCGCUUUAUGUGUACGAGCACCAAUGAUGAAAGAAUGAUGGAAAAACAACAACACAGAGAAAAAACAAUGUUGUAUCAACUGAUAUGAAAAUGCAAGAAGUGCUAAGUAUCGAGAAUAGACAUUUUGUGCUUUCAAAUCACAAACACUUGCAUUUGGAAUUCUUGACUGCCUUUGUAUUAUCGUUGGCGAAUAUAAUAUUUUAAUCUCUGUAAUAA